AUGGCUGGCAACGGCAAUAUGCUGACUCACCUCCGGGGAGCCGCCAUCCUGGCCCCCUGGGUCCUCUGGUUGCUGCUGGCUGAUAUGGCCAUCUCCCUCCAGUUGCCGCUCAAGUGGCUCGCCCCGAAUUUCGUUUAUAAUUCGUCUUCGCGGAUCGCCGAGACGGUGUGGUACUGGAUCCAGGUCAUCUUUGAGCGCUUCAACGGUGCCAACAUCACCUUCUCCGGCGAUGCCAUCCCACGUGGCGAGUCCGCCAUCGUAGUCGCAAAUCAUGUUGGAUGGGCAGACUUUUACAUGAUCCAGGCUCUCGCCAUUAAGGCUGGGAUGCUCGGGCGGUGCCGGUACUUUGCCAAGAUUCAGCUGCGGAUCGUCCCGUUCCUGGGUUGGGGCUUGUGGGCGAUGGGCAUGCCCAUGGUCAGCCGGAACUGGUCCAAGGACAAGCAUGAGCUCGACAGAGUCUUUUCGGGCAUCAUGAAUAGAUUAUGGCCCACUUGGCUGAUCAGCUUCAGUGAAGCCACCCGCUUCACUAAGAAAAAGUAUGAGCAGUCGAUUGUCUGGUGCAAGGAGUCGGGUCGUCCGCAGCCGAAGCACCUGCUGUAUCCCAGGACAAAGGGCUUCAUCACUACCGUGCAGCACCUCAGGAAGGCCCCGCAUGUCAAGGCAGUAUACGACGUGACGAUUGCCUACCAGAGGGGCGGCGACUUCUAUGCGGCGCCAACCAUGUGGGAUACCCUCAGCGUCCCCGGACUGAGCUCGCGGCUGGGAUACAAGUUUCACGUCCAUGUUCGCAGGUUUCCCAUUGAGAGUCUGCCGGCGGAUGACGAGCAGCUCGCCAAGUGGCUCGAGAACGUGUGGGUUGAAAAGGGCGAGUGGCUGGACGUGAAGAAGGCCGAGUGGGCAUCUGAAGCACAGAGUUAG